GGGAGAGAGGUGGAGACUACAGCUGGAACGGAGAGCUUUCUUGUGGAGGCGUACAGGGUUUCACCUCCCACCAGGUGUCAGCUGGAGCUUCAGACCGGACAGGAGCCUCUGCUCGGACAUGGAAGGAGUUUUCUUUCUUUUUUAAAAACAGGUUUACUCUUUACUUUUCACUUCGCGUUUGCUUUGGAGCUCGCGGUUCUCCCUGCUGCGCUUGUUUGCACUGAGGUUACACACAGGAGCCGUGCACGAGAGGAGAUUACGGAGCAGUGCUUGUGAAUGGACUGAGGUUAAAAGGCACCAGGGGAUAAGUGCACGUCAAGCCUGCUCUGCGGCAUCAAUAACACCUAUUUCACCGUGCAGCAGUAGCAUGCAGCGAGAGGAGUCCUUUCAGAUGCUUUCCCACUCCAGACAGUGAGGGAAUACGGGUCGGAGAGGAGGAGGCACUUGGGAUAUAUGGGAGGUUUGUUGGAUUUCAUCACCCCGUCGUUGUAAACUUGUGUCCGGGAUGGGGAAGGAGCAGGAGCUGCUGGAAGCCGCCCGGACCGGGAAUGUCGCCGUGGUGGAGAAAUUGUUGAGUGGGAAGAAGGGGAUUCUGGGGUCAGGUUCAGGCUCCAUCCCUCUGCCCAACCUACUGAGCAUGUGGAAGGGCCUGAAUGUCAACUGCACAGACAGCACAGGAUACACACCCCUACAUCACGCUUCACUAAAUGGACACAGGGAGGUGGUACUGAAGCUGCUCCAGUUUGAAGCAGCCACAAACAUCGCUGACAGUAAAGGAUGCUUCCCGCUGCACCUGGCCGCCUGGCGGGGGGACGUGGACAUCGUCCGCAUCCUCAUCCACCACGGACCCUCGCACUGCAGGGUCAACCAACAGAACCAUGAGCGAGAGACGGCGCUUCACUGUGCGGCGCAGUACGGUCACUCUGAGGUGGUGUCAGUGCUGCUUCAGGAGCUCACCGACCCCACCAUGAGGAACAGCCAACAAGAGACCCCCCUGGACCUGGCCGCGAUGUAUGGCCGGCUACAGGUGGUGUGCAUGCUGGUGAGCGCUCACCCCAACCUCAUGACGAGCCACACGCGCCGACACACUCCGCUCCACCUGGCUGCUCGCAACGGACACCACAGCACCGUGCAGACGCUGCUGGAGGCCGGUAUGGACGUCAACUGUGUGACGGAGAAUGGCAGUGCCCUCCAUGAGGCGGCUCUCUUUGGGAAGAUGGAUGUAGUCCGCCUUCUGCUUGACUCAGACAUCGACACCAGUCUGACAGACUGCAAGGGGAGAACGGCUCUCGAGAUCCUGAGAGAUCAUCCUGCACCCAAAUCCCAGCAGAUCACUGCUCUUAUCCAAGAAUACAUGAUGGACGAGAUGGAGAGGAGGAGCAUUGUGGAGGAGCCAGUCCGCAAGUGUCCAGUCCCUGCACCUCGAACCUCCGUCCCCUCACCCUCUGCGUCCCCCUCCCUCAGACACAAGAAUGAUGCUGUGACAAGUGAGCUGUCCAAGCUACUCCACGAGAUCAAAAAGUGCCGGGACAGAGACUACUCCUUCGAGGAGCUCUGCCACACCAUCUCCUCUCACUCCAUGGACAGCUUUGGCAGCGGGCGGCUCUCUGACGAGGAGCGGCCCGACCGACCCAACGGCACUCUGACACGAGUCAAGAGACCGUCCCCGCCUCUCGCAAUGGCUGUAGAAGAGGAAGAGACAGAAAAGAGUUGCGGCCCCGGUGGAUUCUGGGAGGCCCUGACGCCCUGCAACGGCUGCCGCAACCUGGGCUUCUCGAGCCUGUCAGAGGACUCAAAGCCUUCAGCAGAGCUCGUUGCCUCUCCAUCUCUGGACGUUUUCCUGCCAGAGGACGAGGACAACCCGUACGAGUCUGUGACCACAGCCGUCACACGCAAACCCUCCUCGCUCGAUAUCAACCACCGGCUCAACACCUGUCCGCGCAAUGGUCACUUGUCCCAUGUAACGGUGAGUGAGGGGGAGCACAGUAACCACGGCAACUGCUCGACAGGCCCCACUCCAGACUGCUCCCCCCCUUCCCCCGACACGGCCCUGAAGAACAUAGAGAGAGUCAUCCGCCCACAGCCCAAGCAGCGCACCUCCCUAUCUUCAUCCCUGGACGUGCAGAGGCCGGUCACCCACAGCUGCGAGCCCAGCGAGGUGAGCUCGUCUCUGGGAUACGCCAGCUUCAGCACCAGCCCCCCCGCCAGCCCCCCGCUCAGCCCCAACCAGGAGGACUCAGCAGGCUCCAACGACGACUGUCAGCUCACAGACGACGGGCCGUACCAGCGAGACCCUCCUCCACCUCCUCCUCUCUGCUCUUCAUCCACAUCCAACGCCCUGUUGGAGGAUCGCAGGAAGAGCCACAUCCCAGAGGAGUUUGCAGGCCUUCUUCAUGGAUCUUCCCCGGCAUGUGAAACCCCUGAUACGCCUUACCACCUUUACAGCCCCAAGUCUCGAAAAUAUGCCUCCACGGAUGUCCAGAGCAACCUGCUUCAGACCCCAGAGUUCAACAUUGUGAUCGGAGGAGGACCCUCAGAGAUCCUCUCCAGAACGGGGGGCGAGUCGUCCCCUCAAAGGACUGCUGACGAACCCCAGAAGCCGCAGGUGGUGUACCGGACUAUCUUCCACACAAAGGUCAACCAGGACCAACCCUGGUCUACGCUGGGCCACCCACCCUCCUUCUCUGCUGGGCAAAACGGGGACGUUCCAGAGUUACGGGGGACAGGAGGUGCAUCCAAGUGCGGUCCAUCAGGUGCUGGCUUCGAAGAAAGGGCUUGCACCCUGGGGAGAAUGAGGUCCAUGCCCCGCAGUGUGCUGGACCUGCAGCUCUCCAAGUCUCUGUCCAAGUCUGAUUCCAACCUUGUAGCUGUAUCUCCCAUACAGGAGGAGCAAGGCUGGGGGUCUGGGUCUCGUGGCCAGGGGCCCGGCAAUCCAAGCCCAGGAGAGGGUGCCAGCCCAGGGGGAAGACUGGAGAGGACACCCUCGUUCACAGCUGAGUGGGAGGAGAUCGACAAGAUUAUGAGCUCUAUUGGUGCAGGCAUAGGCAGCGGAUUGGACAUCAAGGAGGUCACUUCAGGUCCCCGCUGCCCGAUGCAGUCUGUGGGUCAGUGGCUCGACUCCAUCGGCCUGGUCCAGUACGAGAACCACCUGCUGGCAAAUGGAUUCGACAACGUGCAGUUCAUGGGCAGCAAUGUGGUGGAGGACCAGGACCUGCUGGAGAUCGGGAUCCUCAACUCGGCUCACAGACAGCGCCUCCUACAGGCCAUACGGCUGCUGCCCAGGGUGCGACCGGUCGGCUACGAUGGCAACAACCCCACAUCUGUGGCGGAGUGGCUGGAGUCUCUGGAGCUCGGCGACUACACCAAGUCCUUCCUCAUCAACGGCUACACCUCCAUGGAGCUGGUGAAGAAGAUCUGGGAGAUCGAGCUCAUGAAUGUAUUGAAGAUCAGUCUUAUUGGACACAGAAAACGGAUCCUUGCCUCAUUGGGGGACCGGCUACACGAAGAAACCCCACAGAAACCUCCACGGGCCAUCUCCCUCAGGGAGCCUGUAGGGAACCACACUCCUCCCCAGCUCAGCCCGGCGGUGGGCCAGCCAGCGUACACAGCGGGGGUCCCGGGCGGGUCUCUGGACGUGCAGCACCUCAUCAUGCAGGCGGACGCUCGGCGCAGGCAGCGCAGCAAUGACAACUACUUCGAGGACGUGCCGCGAUCUAAGCUGGAGCGACAGAUGGCCCAAGUCAGCAUGGCAGGCGAAUGGUGUGAGCCAAUCACGUUGCGCCCGCCUAACGAGGCCACCUCGUCCACCCCGGUGCAGUACUGGCAGCAUCACCCCGAGAAGCUCAUCUUCCAGUCCUGCGACUACGAAGCCUACUACCUGGGCUCCAUGCUGGUGAAGGAGCUGAGGGGGACAGAGUCCACACAGGACGCUUGUGCCAAGAUGAGGAAGUCCACAGAGCAGAUGAAGAAGGUGCCGACCAUCGUCCUCUCCGUGUCCUACAAAGGGGUGAAGUUCAUCGACGCCACAAAUAAGAACAUCAUAGCCGAACAUGAGAUCCGUAACAUCUCGUGUGCGGCUCAGGAUCCAGAGGAUCUGUCUACAUUUGCCUACAUCACCAAAGACCUCAAGUCCAGUCACCACUACUGCCACGUCUUCACUGCAUUUGAUGUGAACUUGGCGUAUGAGAUCAUCCUGACCCUGGGCCAAGCCUUCGAGGUGGCCUACCAGCUGGCCCUGCAGGCAAGGAAGAGCGGCCACGGCUCAUCCACGCUGCCGGAGAGCUUCGACAGCAAGCCCAGUAAACCUGUCCCCAAACCUCGAAUCAACAUCCGCAAAUCUAUGGAGCAGCCGUCCAUGGACCAGAAGGGCCACGCCAACGUGCCGUGGAUUGUGGAGCCGGGUCAGGAGGCCAAGAGAGGAGUCAACACCAAGGCAAUGCCGGACGCUCAUGUCUAUUACUGUGGAAUGCAAAGAAUGUAGCCAGCCCUAAACACGGACCUUGUCUCACAUACAAUGCAAAAUGGACUACAAAGGACUACAAACAUGGAUGCUACUCCACAGUGUUUAAGGUUGACUACAACAUUCCUCCACAUGAUGCUUGACACAGUAAACAUAUGACAGACUUUACACACUAACAGACAACGGUCUGCUCUGAAUGUACACUUAUUUGAAAGCCGCCUCAACUUUCUUCAGCGGGAUGUUUAAUGCGCUCGCCUGGGAGGCGUGACCUGUGAACUUUUGGGCGGUCACGGCGCCUCCAUGGAAACUAAGUAUGUUUACAGGGCAACUGUUGCUAACAGACAUGGACUCGCUAAAGGCACCACUGGGCAUGUAUCAGUGUAAGAAUGGGCAUGGGUUUGAGGACGUCUGGCUGGCUCUUUUGGUCUUUUUAUUUUCUUUAAAGUCAGAAAAUAAUACAGAGAUAUAUGCACAAUUGUGUAAAUGUGAUUGGACUAGCUGCAACACGCUAGAGAUGCAACAGGUUUGUCCUAUAACGGAUAUUUAACCUAUGUGAACAAAACAGCAUCUAGCGUUUAAAAAAAAAAAAGUAUUCUAUUCGUAUUGCCCGACAUUUUAAUGUUGAAUAUGAGAGUAUUAUAUUACCAUGAUGAUUAUGAUUAUUCUUGUGCAAUUCUUGUCUACUGUUGUCUUAAUGUUACAUUAUUUUUCUAUGAUAUGAUGAUGAAAACCUUGGGCUUGAGAACGAUGGCCAUCCUUUAAAAUCUGAACCAUAUGAUCAUAUUGUACACAGAGUGAAUGUUGCAGGUGGCUAGCUAACUCUUGUCAGGUCAACCCUCAUUUCUCAUGGGGCUAUACUUAUCUAGCAGAUGUACUAUUUUAAACGCAGUAUUACUGUUUUAUUUGGAUGAGACAUUAUCCGAUUAUAAGAUGUACAUAGAUAUUUUGCCAACUCAUUGUUCAUACAUGUAAUGUAAAAGAGAAAAGAAUAAAGAAUUUGCAGUACAUGGCACUGGAAACAAGGUACCACAAUAAAGGUUGGGAACUAAAAUAAGAAGAAUGAGGUAGAGUGUAUUUUGAGUGAAAAUGGGUUAUUUGGUGACAUCCCUGCUGACCAACUUAUGUACAUAUGCUUGGGCUUCCAGCACACUGAUUUUUGUAAUUUUGGCCAUUAUUUAUAUCCUUGUAAAGCACAUGGAAUAAAAUAUGACUUGUAAAAACCAUAA